AUGUCAAAAUAUAUUGUCAUUUGUCAUAGUUAAUUUGUGCUUUGACAGCUUCUAUGACAGAUUUUUUUAAUUGGGUUCCAGCGAAACUAGUUUUAUAAAAUUGGCGUCGAAUUUAGCUUGAACUCCACUAAUUUAUUCGUGAAAAAGUGCGUAGUUUAAAUAAAAUCAUGUGUUGAUAUUAGCAGUUCGUAUAACAUUUGUUCCGAAUGUCGGACGCAAUGGAGGUAUCAGGGAAAUCCCCAAACACAUCCUUAUCCUUCAGAUAUAAUGCCAACAAUGAAGAAUUAGAGGAACUGUACCAUGUAUGCGAGGAUGACCCUCCGACGCCACAGGCUGAGCCUGCACCGUCACAGAGCGAGAAUGCAAGUCCUAAACGAGGAGAGAAGACCUCCUCCAUUAUAGACAAGUAUUUCAAAUCCAUGAGAACAGAGAAACCAAUUGAAAAACUUGAUGAGGUAAAACCGCCAGAUGCUAAACCUGAGGAGAGUAAAACCCCUGUUCCGAAAGAGGUUUCAUCAUCCCCCAUGAAGGAUUACUUGAACCGCUUAAGCAAGAAGAGUACUUCAGAUGUAGCACAAGAAGUAAAGGAAGGCAGCAAUGAAACAUGGAAGAUAUUCCAUGAUUUCAAAUUCAAAAUUGCUCAAGCAGUUGAAGAUAUGAAGACUCGUUCGGUCGAAGAAACAAAGGACAAGUCAGUGCCGAGAGAGAAUUCAAUAUCAGAUUCAGAAGAAAAUUCAGCAGUUAAGGAUAUUGAUCGGCAGAGUGUAGGCGAUACUGAUAAUCAGGUGUCCUCGUUGGACAGUAGCAUACAGAAUUUAUCUGAUUUGACUCAACCGUUGACUGCGAAGGCCGCGGAACGAGAUCUGAAUCUUCCCGUCGAUAAGAACUGUUCGGAGUCUAGCGAUGAUACUCACAAGAAUUUGGGUCACAGUGAUUCUUCAGAUGUGACGAAAGACUUGCCAAAUGACAGCAUGAUGGAAGUGGAAUCGGGCGUCGAGGCUCUCGAAGACAACAUGGAUGGCUUUGGGGACAUCACCAAUCUGGACACAGACUGCCAGAACAUCAGGCCGACGGAAUCCAACCCUGUGCAGCCACCACCAACCCCCACUAACUUCGGCCUACCGCCCAGUAAAACAAACCUGCAGAAACUAAAAGACGACAAUCCAAAGAGUUACUUCUUUAACUUCUCCAUGUAUUUCCUAACGUUCCUUCUUUUUUUGAAUUAUAUUCUGUUUCCAAAUUCGAAUAUUUGGAACGGUUUCCUUCUGGGUAUUUGGUUCUUUUGUUUCGCGAGUAAUUUGAAACAUUGGUUGCUGGACAAUUACUUCAGUGACUGGGAGCCGCAGAAAGGCAGCUUCUUUCAGCUCAAGAGGAGCAGUACGAUGCCCGCCGCUUAUACAAUACCAUCUGUUAAGGAACACAGGCCUUUAAAGAAGUAUGAGGGCUGGAUCAACCAUUACAGGUACCCAGACUACGAUCCUUACACGUACCACAUAAACAAAACCACCACUGCAUUUAUGAAACUCGAAGGCUGCAAUUUGAGGAUAUCAUACACAAGAACGAAGAUAGCUAAAAGGGCGCUGUGGGACGAGAAGAUUGACGACAAAGUGACGUUCUACCAGCACAGGCUGUACAACUUGACUGGAGCGCGCGUGAUACUGCUUCCUAAGGGUCUCGUCAGGCGGAGACAAUGGAGCAAAAAAUAUCCAAUAUGCAUAAUACUAAGCGAGAAAGAAAAGAUCCAAGUGUUAGAGAAAGAGAAUGCGGCAGCUGAGAAGAGACCUUCGGAGGUGGCGACGGAGAAGAAAAAAGAACAGCAGCACGAGACAGAGAGCACGGAGACCAACACGAGUCCCGAGAAGAAAAGGAAGUUCGUUUGGAGAAGACGGGAAAAAAGUAUCUCCCAUACAGACGGCGAAACAGGGAAAGAAGGACUACGACACAGGCUUGUCAAAAAAAUGCAUAGAGAUAAAAAGCCGGAUGGGUCGUCUCCCGGAGCUGAGGCCGAAGGUCAGGUCCCGCCGGAGAAGCACCUGCAGUUCGAGGAGGUCUUCCAGGACCCGGAGCUGGACCUCAGCACCAAGUCGGUGACGAGCACCAAGGAGGAUAUAGAGGAGGAGUUGGAUGAAACAGAACUGUCCAAGAUUAAGGAAUUUUUGGAAGAGGCUGAGCUGGAGACGGGCGCGGAGGGCGGCGCGGAGGGCGAGUGGAGCGUGCACGUGAAGCGCUCGCGCGACACGCAGGAGCACCUCUACCUCUUCACGCGCACCGGCCGCGACAAGCACGAGUGGUACCGUCGUAUUGUUACGGCCGUGGCGGAGGCCAACGCGGCUUCGGCGGAGUCGUCGACGGCGGACGACAACUCUCCCACCGACGCGGCAGAGAGCAAGGAUGGCAUCGAGAUGGCUGUAUACAAAAUGGCGGCUGAAAAAGACACCGUCGCGUUCGCCAAGGCUUCCAAUAAAACAAUAGAUUCGAUGUCGGAGGGUGUCACUAUAUCGUCGUUGGCGCCGCCUGUGCUGCCAGAGUCGGAAUCGUACGAGAAGAACUUCUGGCCGUAUCUGUUUAAAAUUAUUCAGUCCAAGACGCCGUCGCCGGACUGCCAGUGCCGCACGCUGCCGGCCGAGGUGUCGUGGGUCAACACCAUGCUGGCGCGCGUCGUGUACGACGUCAUGCGCGACCCCGUCAUGAUCGCGCGCGUGCAGAACAGGAUACAGCGGAAACUUAACACGCUCAAGCUGCCGUCGUUCAUGUCGCCGCUGACGGUGACGUCGCUGUCGCUGCGCGGCGCGUGCCCGCUGGUGCAGUGCGUGCGCGCGCCCGCGCUGGACGCGCGCGGCGUGUGGCUCGACGCCGAGCUGCGCUACGACGGCGGCGCCUACAUCGCGCUCCUCACGCAGAUCAACCUCAUGAAACUCAAGGAGAAGAAUGUAACGCUAGAAGACCAGCUGUUGAGCGCCAACGACAACGUGGUUGAAAACGACACAAACACAUUGCCUACUGGAGGCCUAUUUUCCGAAAAACAAUUAAGGAAACGCAAGCCAGCGAUAUACGACUCCGAGAUCGAGGACUCGGCGGAGUCGAGCAGCGACGACGAGAGUCCGCCGGUGCAGCCCGUCGACAGCGCCGACAACCUGCCACUGUCCGAUACUGCAUCGACAACGACAGAAGGCGGUUCAUCAAAAAAGAAGUUUUUGCGAAUGGUCGAUAAAAUAGCUACUAAUAAAUAUUUCCAACAGGUAACUGACUAUAAAUACGUAAAGCGAGCUAUGGAAGGAUUGUCCAACACAGAUAUCAAGCUGCAUCUAGAAAUACAAGGGCUUGAAGGUGUUCUAGCGUUAAAUCUACCGCCACCGCCACACGAUCGACUCUGGAUUGGUUUCCGCACGAACCCGACGCUGGUGCUGAAGGCGCGGCCGGCGGUGGGCGCGCGCACGCUGCGGUUCGCGCACAUCUCCAACUGGAUCGAACAGAAGCUCAGCAAGGAGUUCGAGAAGGUGCUCGUGCUGCCCAACAUGGAGGACAUCAUACUCGACGUCAUGACGCCCACGCCCGUGGAGUUCGAGUAAGGUGCACAAAUGUACUAUCAGUGUAGUGGCGUGAGGUUCUGAGUCUAUGCGAGGGUAAAAUUGCGGUGAUCAGGGCAAAAAGCAGAAUUCUAUGUGACUCGCACUCUUAAUAAAAUAAUGACCCAUUCCAAAAUUGCCAAUUUGUGGGAAUCGUCAAACAACCAAUUUCUGUUUGCAACCUUUUAAAUUUCCCUUUUUUUCAUACCAUAGGUUUCAUUUUUUUACCUAUCUUUAAUAAACUCAAUUUUAUAGCAACUUAAAAAAACGGUAGCAUACAAAAAAUAGUUUUCUGACGACUGCCGCAAAUUAACAAUUUUAAAAUAUGUCAUUAUUUUAUUAAGAGUGUGAUGUAUCGAUAUGAGACGUUGUCUUUAUCGAUAUAUCGACAGAAUAUUUUAUUACUAUCUCCGUAAUACUGUGUAUAGUCUAGAUGCAAUUUUGGAGUUCGGUGCUGGGUGAGACUCGGGUACGCACCGGAAUCGUGUCGAUAUAAGUCAUAAGUCGAUAGUGUUCGACCGGCUGUGUUCUACAACUGUCGACUAUAUAGUCGAUGUACAACUGCAAUAGAGCGAAUCGUAGUGUAUCCCUAAUGUUAAGAGGUUUUGUUCCCAAUAAACUUGAAACGUUGUUGUUUAGUCUUAGGAUAACUAUGCAUAACUCCUGUUUUCUGUCUACCGAUUUCACAGUUGUUAGGGAUGUCAAUAAUUUUUGCGCCACUGAUAUAAUUUAUAAUUAAUGAUCUUUAUUAAAAUAAGAGUUUUUCGAGUGAUUAUUAUUCAUUAUAAAUCGUGUGUAAAUUGAAAAUGAUGAAAAAAAAAUGAAAAAAUUGUAAAAUGAUAUAUUGAUGUCUUAAAAAAAAUUCUCAUCAAGAAAAUUCCAAAUUACAGUUUGUUGAAUAUCCCUAGCAGCCAUACGAAUCGGUAGGAAUUCGGAUAGUGAAUUGACAAUUUGAUAUAAGUAUAUUUGCUAUCGAUUUUAAUCGCAGUUACAGUUUCCCUAAUACAGUAAUGUUUCCAUCACUCCAUUUGUAUAUAAAAUUAACAAACCAUAUUUAGAAAAAUCUUAUAGCUGUUCCGAUAGUUAUACAUCCUAAGAAGUUAUCGAGUCGUCUAUUCUAAUAUCGAUAUUUUCGAUUCAACGUGACUGAAUCAUUUUUCAUUGAAUUCGUUCAAGUUUAUGCAAUAAGCGGGAACCAAUGUGUUGUAAAAUUUAAAAAUAACCCUCUUAUAAAUAUUUAAGAUGAUUUUGUAACUAGCCAUUGCUUUAUCCCUUUCUUUCUUAAAUUGUUUAAUGUAAAGAAGAAAGAGACAAACAGUGACUAGUUAGAAACGUUAUUAUAUUUAUGACAAAUGAGUUAUGGCCCUUUGAAAAAUCAAUCAUAACCGCAGAAACUAUAAAUGAAAUUAAAAAAUGACAUUGUUCAAUCUUGAAUUUUUCAUUGUUUCCAAAUAUUGUAAAUGGCAAGUAAGAACAACUCUAGCCUAACGUGGGCUGAUUAUAGUUUAAUAAAUCUAUUUUUAUAUUCAUAAAAUCAAAUCUAUGUUAUUUAGUAUCGAGUUAGGUACCAUGGUUUGUCGGCAUUUCGAUGAGAUAGGCUAAAUGUUAUUAAUUAUAUUUGAUUCUAAAUUAAACCUUUAUUCAAGUGUACUUUUUUCAUAUUAACGUGCUCUUAUCUUAAUUAUUGUAUUUGAUCAACACUUUGCAUAGUUUAGAUACUAAAUAUUAUUUUUAUAAAUUAAUCGAUAAACUUAGUAGAGUUCGGUCAUGCAAAAAGUCACAAAAAAUAUUAGUUCUUAAUAUUUUAACUUGUUUAAGUUGCAGGGUGUUUAAAAGAUUACAAGUUCUAAUGUUGCCAACGACAAAAUUGUACUGAAAUUUUAGUUCUUGCCUACACAAAUUGCAUUUGCCAACUUUUUUCUUUUUAAAAAUAUAAUUCACAUAAAUAUAUGUAUGGGUUAUUAAGUAUACUUGUGUCACCUAAACGAGACAAAAAUAAAAAUGGGAAAAGAUGGUUUCUUUUAAAUAAUUUUCAUUGAUUAGAACAACAUAUUGUUGUUAUUUAAUCUGAAUAAAGGCUUAUUAAGCCGUUCAGCGUUUUAUGUAUCCGCUCUUCUAGACAACAAUUAAUGAAUUAAAUCGAUUCCUGUAAUCGAUUAUUCGAUAUCCGCCAAGAUGAACGUAAUCGAAAGAUAGAAAAAGCAGUUCGUUUCUAUCUUUCCUUUACGAACUACUUAUGUACGUAAGUGCAAUCGUAGCCAAUAAAAUGCACCGUAAAUUUAAAAAUAUAUUUGUAUUGAAAAGUAUUAUUUAUUUUAUUUAUUGUAAUAUAAUGCUUAGAUAUACGCUUUUUUUAUUUUACGUUAUUGUCAUACAAUUAUUUGGUGUUCAAUGAGUUAAUAUUGUAUGAAUUUAGCCACAAGAUUUUUAUGAAUGGAAAAAUAUUCAUGUAAGUGUAGACGUGUGUGUGCACAAUGCAGUCGAUAAUGUAUUGUCUGUAUCACACUCCCUAGAAAUAAUAUUUGGGGUGAACUAUUUUAAUACCCGUGUUGUAAUAAAAAGUUAAAGUUUACUCUCUACCAGUAUUAAAGUUAUAUUCAUCACAAUCCCUUUAAGAGCUUCCUUGAACAAUACAAAAAGUUUUCGACAAUAAUUCCGUCGUAUUCUGUUACACGUGAAUGCUUUACGAAAUGGAUGAUAAAUAAAUAUAUAAAAUAUGAAUGUAUAGUAUAUAUGAAAUUAUAUAAUGUGUCGAUAGAAAUUGAUUUCCGAUUCAAAAUAUUUGUUAGUUUAGCCCAAAAAUUUAGUGCACGCCGGAGCGAAAAAUAAUAGUUUAAUAAUUUUGUUAGUUAAUAAGAUGCUAAUGACUGUUCAUUUGGGAGUUUUCCUUAUAUCCAUAAUUGAUUUAAGGGUUAAUUAUCCUUUUGGUAAAUAGUAUAAAGCUACCCAUGGAGUUAAAAUAAAAUUUAUUUGAUAUUAUAGAUGCGUACAUCGUCGUCGAAGGUAUCUGUGAUACCUGUCUUCAUAAAGUUUUAUUUCUAAAAAUAUUUAUGGGUAGCUUUAUAUUUUCCUUAUUCCUGCUACAUUAAUUGAACAUUAGUGUAUAAUUUGACAGCUUACGACUAUGUGCUGAGUUUUGAUAUUUCAUUGUCAGUUUUUAUGUAUUCUGACUUAUAUAAAAUUCUUUAAAUCGCACAACUAAAAAUUCUCACUAGUUUCUCAUUUUAAUAGAUUUCAUACAAAACUUUUGGCUGGCAUUGUAUUAUAAUAUUCACUUUUAUUAAUGUGGAUUUUUUAACGAAUUGUAUAAGCGUAUGUAAUUGGCUCGCAUAUACUGGUAUCACAAUAAUAAGCUUCAAUACAGUAUCAAGCAGUUAUUUAUUCAGAGUUCUAGAUAUAACUACUGUUUAUGCGCCAACGUAAUGUUUGUGCCAGCAUUGUAGUUGGUUGCGUAUUAAAAAUUUUUUUUUUUACUUUUAAAAACAAUUCCACUCAAUAACUGCAAAGGCAUAUAUAUGAAUGACAUUUUAAAUUCACAUCAUAUAUUUUAAUUUUGUCUAAUAAAUCGUAUACAUGAAUCAAUAAAUUCUAUUAUAGAACCAAGAUAUUGUAAGAAAUGGGCAAAUUAAUUUUACGUCUCAUGAUUUUCAUACACCAUGUUAAUAAAUAUAUGAAAAGUAUAUGCGAGUCGUAGAGUGGCAUAUAAAGGAUGGUCAUACAACUAUGAAGGCUGAUUAUAUUUUGCUCAUUCGUUAUGAUAGAGUGCGGUGCGUGUGAUUUUAAAAUUCGAUGUUUUUAUUCGAUCUGAUUGUUCUUAUGUAAGUAUUGGUGACGAGCUUUUUAAUAUAAGUGUGGGCUUCUUAUGAUGUAAUUAUAGUUGGUGUACAAUACCGUGAAUUAUUUUUAUUUUAUUAACAUAUAAACAAGUUUAUGAAAAUUGUUACGUCCUUAGAAUGUUUUAAAUUUUCACGUCAUCUAAAAUCUACGAACUAAUUCUUUGCCAAAACGUAUAAAAAAUAUUCAAGGUAUUGUAUACUAUGAUAAAUGAAACGGCAUCUUAUUCACAAAUUCAUUAAACAUUCCAUUAUUAGUUACUUUUAAAACUAUUUUCGUUUAUUAUAAAAUAUUAUCGCCAAUGUAUUUUUAUUGCGUACAACGAAAUGCAUGCGCAUGAUUCUUAAUUCAAAUUUUCCUUAAACGUUUUUUCCGAUAAAUUUUGCUAUUUCGUAUUUCCGGUCCGGUAUUGUUCUAAAUUUUAUAUUUAAAAAUAUAGUUGUAGUACAUAUCACAAAAUAUAGAAUCACGUACCUGUUUAGAAAAACCGUUCUGAAAUACAUAUUUGUAUAAUCAGUUGUAAUGCAUUUUAUAUUUGUGUUGUUGCUGUCGUUACGAACACUGUUACAUCUUUAAAAUAGCAUUGUGAAAGUUUCUUUUCAGACCUUAUUUGUACACUAUAAAUACUUCAAAAUUAAUUUCAUGUUCAAAAUGGUUACUGGAUUUUUUAUUUUAUAAUUUUUAUACCUAAAUCCACUAAUUCACUUCAGUUUGAAUCAAUAGAUUUAGGUAUAAAAAUGCAGUAUUUUAUCUUUCUGAUUAGACUUACAAAACAUUAUACGUAUUCUUAUUUAUCUUUUUCUACGUGACAAAAAUAUAAUCACAUAUACUAUAUGUAAUGAUAAACGUAAUUAUAUAAUAUAUAAAGAGCUUAAAAUAAAAUUUUAUAGAUGUGCCAGUGCUCGAUUCGAAUUGUUGAAACGACAGAACAAUAAAUCACUCUUAGCUUUAGUUUUCAGCGUAUUUUUUUAUUUUGUUGACCGAUUUUAAUUUUAUUCGUAGCAAGAGACUUUAUGUUAUGUUUUUUUUCGUGAUCACUUAGUGAUUGUUGUAUUCACAAGGUGUACCAAAUAUAAAGAUGAAUGUCUAUGUAUAUAGUUUAUCAAAAUAUAAAGUGUUUAUGUGAUAUUAUAUAUAGUUAAGAGUUAAACCGUGCCGAGUAGUUUUUCUAUGUGGUAUCAGUUGUGAUUUUUUCAAAUAAACGAAUUGCUAUAUUUAUAAA